AUGUCUGGUCGGUCGGUGCGGCGUCUACCCCUAGCGGGAGACGCCGCCCUGGCAAGGGCAAGGGGGGCAGGGGCACUGGAGGAGCUAGCGGGGGCGGUGGAAGCGGCGGUGGAGGCGGCGGAGGGAGUGGGGGUGGCGGUGGGGGUGGUGGCGGGGGUGGAGGUGUCGGUGGCAGCAGUGGAGGCGGAGGCGGCGGCGGUGGCGGUGGGAGCGGAGAUGGUGGCGGAGGUGGCGGCGGUGGAGGAGGCGGUGGCGGAGGAGGUGGAGCUGGUCGGGGUGGCACUGCGCAGAGGGUCGGCUCCGGUGGUGGUGUGUCCCACGUAG